UUUUUUAUACUUUAAUCCUUUUUUUUUCUUACGCUCUAUUAUUCAUCAAUACAGUUCUAAAAUAACUCCGGACUGUGAUGGGUUGAUAUGUUCACGGUGAUGCCACUUUAUUCGAAUUAUAAAUAAAAACUUAACAAUGCCUGACUAAAUAAAAUAGUAGUAUAAGGUAUAGAUAUAUUUACAAUUACUAAUAAGUGCACAUAUUUAAAAUGCAAUAUAUAGAUAAAAGGUCGUUAACUUCCAUACAGGCACCUGCAUAUUUUGUAUUCAUAUUUUGUUUCUAUGACAAUAAUGCAACUAAAUGCACUUGAACUCGUAUAAAUUCAAGAGCAACAACUUUUACACUUACUUUUCAUCAUGAAUUCGUUGAGCUCGCUAAUAAUUUUAAUCAUUAAUUUAAUUAUUUCAUCAGCAUCACAAGAUUUGGAUAUUAUUUAUUUUCAAUCCCACAAUUCUACAAAAUCUGAGAUUCCAAUCAGUUUUACUGCUUUCGGCCAGACCAUAAAGCUUCAAUUGUUGAGAAAUGAUAAAUUAUUAGCUCCUUUUUUUCAAGUUUGGCGUCACAGUGAUUCUAACGUUAUCGAAAGACUAGAUGAAUUAAGUAAGCCACUAUCAUGCCACUACAUACAUCAAGAUGAAUUAAUUACGGCUGCCGUUAGUUUGUGCGAAGAAGGACUGCAAGGAUUAGUAAUAUUAAACAAUUUCACUCUCGAAAUUACUCCAUUGGAUAAAAAUGAACAAGUCAUUUUUGAAGAUGUUCGUUAUGAUGAAGAAAUGCCGCAUGUUGUUAAGAGAUCUCAUUUAUCAUCACUUUUUUCGCCAUCAUCAUAUUCACCGUAUAACUUCAAUUCAGGGUAUAAAUAUCCACAUAUAAAUUCAAUCUUGAAUACAUUUGAAGAAAGACCUCGCCGAAAAUUGACUGAUGAAUUGACAGUGGAAUUAGCAGUUUUCUUUGACGAAGCAGGCUAUAAAUUAUUUUCACCUUUCUUUGAUCACAGUGAAAAAAAAUUGCGUGAUAUGCUGUUAGCUUACAUCAACGCUGUACAAGCUCUUUUUUAUCAUCCUAGUUUGGGGAAAAGAAUAAAUAUUGUUUUAGUACGAUUAGACAUGAUGAAACAUCAACCAGCCGACUUGCCGCAUUACAAUGGUGAAAGAUUGAAAUUAUUAAAUUCAUUUUGUAAUUAUACUGCGGCUAAAAAUCCUAAAAAUGACGAUGAUCCAAAUCAUUGGGAUAUUGGUCUUUAUGUAUCAGGAUUGGAUUUUUAUGCAUAUGAAAAUGGUGAAAAAAAUAGUGUAACAAUGGGUCUGGCAACAGUUUCUGGAGUUUGUUUAAAUUCAUACGCUUGUGUUAUUGCUGAAUUUGGUGUCACGAAUCGAUUUGGUAAACCGUAUCCAUCUGCUGGUUUUACAUCAGUUUACAUUGCAGCACAUGAAAUAGGUCACAACUUAGGAAUGCAUCACGAUUCAACAGGUAAUUCUUGUUCUCGUGAUGGCUACAUUAUGUCUCCAAGCCGAGGUACUCAAGGAGAAACAAUUUGGUCUUCAUGUAGCCGAGAAGUAGCUAUUGAUUUACCACGAACAAAACCAUGUCUACUUGAUAAAAAUUUAGAAAAUUUUGACAAGACUUUGGACCAUUCAAGAUAUCUGACAUUACCCGGACGUACAUGGACUGUAAAAAAACAGUGCGAAUUAUUAUUGAGAGAUAAAGAUGCUGAUGUUGUUACACUUACUAACGCUUGUCAUACAUUAUCAUGUCGUAGUCCACAUCGUAGUGGUUAUUAUUAUGCUGGUCCAGCUUUGGAAGGAACCAUUUGUGAAGAGGGUAAAGAAUGUCGUGGCGGUGAAUGCUUACCAGCCUUGCACUUUUUAAAACCACAAUCUUCUGGAGUUAAAGGCAAUGAAGGUUGGAGUAAAUGGAAAGAAUCCUCUUGUAUCAGUGGUUGCAUAAAAAAAUCUAAAGGAUCAAAAAUUAAACAAAGAAUUUGUAAUAAUAAUCAAAAUACUAAUGGACAGCAAUUUAAUGAAGAUUGUAAAGGUCCUCAUUAUGAUGUAAUGAUUUGUAAAGACGAAAAGCUUUGUAAAAAGCGUAUAACUGCGGAGGAAUUUGCUACGAUCAAGUGUCAAGAGUUUAGUGAACAUUUGCCAGAAUUAGAUAAAUAUAGUUCAGGCUUACAAGCCCCUCAUGAAAUAGGAAGACCAUGGAUGGCUUGUGCUAUUUUUUGUCGACGAAAAGAUAUUGCUUCUUAUUAUACACCACGCAUUGAAUUAAAUGAUCUUGGUGUCGAUCCAUAUUUUCCUGAUGGUACUUGGUGUCAUAAUGAGAAUAAUCAAAAUUAUUUUUGUCUUCAACAUCAUUGUUUGCCGGAAGAUUUUCGAUUUGCUAAAGACGCGUUGAGACGGACUACCACAGAUUUCAAUAAUUUAGGUCCACAAAAUGCUCGACCUGAUCAGUAUAAAAUUCCUGAUGAAGUAAUUAAGUACUUAAGCUUAGGUAUUAAUGGUUUACCAUUGUCAAAGAAUUUUCCAUCAAAUGUUACAUCCAACAACGACGAAUGGACUGAUGAUGAUUACAUUGAAUUACCGGAUGAGUUAUUAUCAAAUUAAUUAUUCUAAUUUAACAAUAACCAACAAACUCACAAUUAGUAAUUCUGGUGAAAAAAUCGUAGAAAUUGCAUGGAGAACUUGCAAAUAAAGAUGAAAUUCCUUACAGAAUUUUGUAAACCAUACCACAUAUAUUCCGUUAUUUCUUGUAUUUUAUAUAAUUCAUUUCUUUUUCGGAAAAGUAGCUAUUUUUUUCAUUUAAU